AUGUAUGAAGCAUCAAUUAAGCAACAUAUCGAGGUCUUGGAACAACGCAGAAGAGAUACUCAGAUUGGAAAGGAAGCUAGCUGGGCUGCUCUAAACACUUUAGCUCUUGGACUAACAUCAGGUAUUCAAGGCGACCCUGAAGACGUCGACGUCGCGUUCAGACUCUUUAACGAUAAUAGCCACGCACAUUUCUUCGUGGAUAGGGAAGAUAUCCGGUGCAGUAACUGGCAACAAUUUGACAUUAGCCAACCCCAAGAGAGGGAAGGAGCUAAGAGACAUAUUACCUCUUCUCCCACCCCAACAAAUUACAUCUCCAUUAGUACAUCGCCUCGACGAAUAUGGAAUUUAGCCACCAGGAAUCCAGGUAGGGUUGAUCAGAAGAUUGCAGUGAUCGACUUGCGGGUAUUAAAACGUCUCGGAAUUGCAUAUAGCAGUAGCACAGAGGAUCUAGGAUUUCGUCACCUUAACGAAACAAAUGGGACUGGGACAAUAUUUGCUACUAAGCAUCAUAUUCUCGUCUUGGGGUGGCUUCCUCCUCACUGUAUUCUCGGUCUCUUAUCGAUCAAGCAGUUUGAGGCAUCACUCAAGCAGUCUCAAAUUGAUAACUCAAGAAACAUUUCACCUUCUGAGUAUGAGAAGAAGAUUAGCUUCCCGUCAAUUCUACAGUACCUUCCCGGAGCAGGAGCUUCCUCUCAAUCAGCAGGCCGAAAGGAAAUCUUUGUGUAA